UUUUGGUUAUUUGUUAAUGAAAAUGGUAUAAUAGGGAUAUAGUCUCAUUUAAAUAAUUAUGGUUUUAUGCUAAUUGAGCUUUUUUCCUAAUUGAUUGAUAUUUGUAACGUAAUGUCGAGUUUAAAUGAUACUGCCAUUCGAAUUCAGUCGAUUCAAGACUCACAAACAAGCCCAAUUAUGGAUGAUAUUGCUGAAAAUGGUGUGGCGGAAAAUUUGGAUAAUCAUUGGUUGAAUUUUCGUUUGUACUUUGACAUUUGUUGUAUGUGUUUGAGAAAAUUAUUAGUGGCUAUUUUUUUUAAAUUUUUUCGUGUUCGUUUGUUUCUGUUUGUGUUCAUUCGAUUAACUGCUAAACGAACCGAGCUCGUGAACUAGCUCAAUUGACCCAACUUAAAAUUCGGAUAUGUGAGGAUUCUUGUUAAUUUAACAGAAUUGAGGUUGAUUUUGCGGUUUGUACCAUACAGAAAACCCCUAAUUUCAAUUUUUUACUUUUUAGUUCGUCAUGGAGGGGAUACGAACAGGAGAAGCUGAUUUGGUAGUAUAUGUACACCCAUCUCAAAGUAGGAAUAUUAAUCAAGCUGUACUCCGUCAGCUGAGCUCGAUGCUAUUAAAGUUCAGUGAAAUAUUUGAUGGUGUUGUAUUAGCUUAUGAAGUUAAGUUUCAAGAUAAACUAGCAAAAAUUAUCACUGGAGUUCACCCUUAUUGUGGUGUGAGACUAAAAGCAGAACUGUUACUUUUCUCUCCGAAGCCGGAUAUGCUUUUAGAAGGGAAGGUUGUGAAAGUUACCCAAGAAUUUAUCAAUGUUAUUGUUCUUGGUUUUUCAUCUGCUGUUAUAUCAGCUGAAGACAUCCGUGAUGAGUUUAGACAUAGAAUUAGGAAACAUGGCGAGGGAUUAUACUUUAGCAAAUAUCACAAGCAACACAUGAUAAAAGUUGGGACUUCGAUACUCUUUACAGUCAAGAGUUUGGAUGAGGACAUGCUACACAUAUCUGGAUCGCUGAUUGCAGCCCACACUGGAAGCAAAAGUUGGUUAGAUGAAGAAAAGAGAAAUACUAAAAUGUACAGUGGUAACAAGAAAAGGACACAGCCUAAUGGAGAAAUUGAAAUGCAAGGGCAUGAGACUGCAUAUUCUAUUGACGAUAACCGUGCAAUUAAGAAGUCGAAGAAGCAUAAAAAUGCAGAAGAUUGUUGAGGGAAAUUGCUGGUUUGCUGAUUCAUUUCUGUACUCAUUUAUUCAUGUCGAUCUAAGUUGUAGAAUCAUUCUGUAGGAUAAUUUUUUCUUCUUCAAUACAACUAGAGAGAUUUGAAUAUGAUUUAACGUAACAAUCCUACUACUAGGCUAAACUGGCAGAGAUAGAUUUUGUAGCAUAUUCUUUAUCAAUCUGUUGUUCAUCUGAUGAGUAUCAAGUUUUUGAGGUAAAUAUAUGUGCUCUCAAACUUAUUUA